AUGUUGCCUCAAUGGUACAGUACGCUUACUACCAAGCCAGUAAAAACACUUAAUAUCGCCAACCCACAGACGCCCCCCUCGUUCGGAAAGAGCGGAAAGAAGAUUGUCAGCAAGCAGGCAUCCGAACACGAGCAGGAUGUCUUGAAGGUCAAGAAGGCAUGGGACAUUGCCCUUGCUCCGGGAAAGUCGCUCCCCAUGAACUUAUUCAUGUCUUACAUGUCUGGAUCGUCUCUGCAAAUCAUCCCCAUCACAAUGACUGCCAUGAUGUUCUUCAUGACUCCUCUGAAGUCGCUGGUCACAUGCCACAAGCAGUUUGCUAGCUUAAUUUCUCCUACCAACAAGUCGCAGAUCCUCAUGUGCGAGGUAGUGUAUGUCCUGAUUCUGCUCGCAACUAUGGGUGCUGGAGUGUGGAAGCUUGGACAAAUGGGCUUGCUGCCGAAUACCCGAUCCGAUUGGUUAGCUUGGGAAACCCCCAGUGUUUAUCUGGAGGUUGUUAAUAGAUGA